AUGCCAGACAACUGGAAGUAUUCCCUUGCUGGUCUUUUUAAUCUUGCCGUAUUUGACGAAACCCAUACCCUUCGCAACCCAACCUCGUCACAUUCAUGUUUCCAAGUGGGUGCGGGCCGAGUUCAACCUGCUGCUGCCAGCUACACUUAUAAUGCAGAAGAUGCAGCAACUGCAGGCUACGGGAAUGAAAAAAUUUUCCAGCUUCCAGCUGGCCAUGAGUUUGAAGCAAUGCUGACAUCCGAAGAAGUUGUUGAGCAAUGGAUAUUGCACCCGGAGGUGGGAAGCGAAGUAGCAGGACAGCGAAUGCGAUGGAUCCUCGAGCUGCUUAUGAUUAGGCGAACCCUGACGUCCGAGAUUCCUUUUAACUCUGGACAUAGAAUAGGCAGCGAUAUUCCGGGCGCACAGAAACAGAUUGUGAGUGCCAGCUUUGAUGACUAUGAAAGGGCGACCUACAAAGCUGCUGAAAAAAACAUAUUCGGGGCCUGUUUGUCGAAGAUGAGAACACAGCCGGGAAGUUCCAUUUCCACAACGGGAAACUGCGAAAAUUAG